AAGCUCCGGCCUGAUGAGCCACUUGGCUUGUAUGCUGACUUUACCUUACCUUUUCUCGAAAAGAGACGCUAUUGUUGCAAGGCUCACACUUCUCAUCACGUCGCGUGAUAAAAAUCUCCGAGAUAUUUGGAGAUUUUAUACCACGUGGUCCAGCCUUAGCCAUGGGGGGUCUUCUCGCAACGAGCCGUCAUUUUGAAAAUCGCGAACCUAUGAAAGAUCGAAAGACUGGGCUCUAGUGUGUUCAUUGUAAUGGCGUCCUUCAUGUGGUUUGUGGUCGAAGUCGAUUUCGCUGGUUUAUAAAGGAAUACAGCAAAAACGUCUAUCUUGACAGCAUAUUUGACAAGACUCAUUAAAAUGGAAUCAAGUUUGACAUCCGGUUUUCAACGAAACGCGGCAUAAAUUUUUAAGCCAAUCAUAACCUGCUUCGGAUAUGGCAACCAAGAUACCAACGGAGGUACACGAAUGCAAGCACUGUGGCCAGGUUUUUAACCAGUUGUCAGCUUGCAAUCAACAUGAACGAACUCACACAGGAGAGCAACCCUAUACAUGCAAACAUUGUGGAAAGAGUUUUAGCCGAUUGGCAAAUUACCAGAGACACGAACGAACUCACACAGGAGAGAAGCCCUACACAUGCAAACAUUGCAGAAAAUGCUUUGGACAGUUAGCAAACUGCCAGAAACAUGAACGAAUUCACACGAGGGAGAAGCCUUAUUCAUGCAAUCAUUGUAACGAACGCUUCAGCUCCUCGUCACAUUGCAAGCGACAUGAACGAAUUCACACUGGAGUGAGACCACAUACAUGCAAGCAUUGCAGAAAAACCUUUCGCCAUUUAGCAAAUUGCAAGGAACACGAGCGAAUUCAUACAGAAGAGAAGCCGUAUACGUGCAAGCAUUGUCAAAAGUGCUUUAGCGACCAUACAUCUUGUAAGCAACAUGAACGAACUCACACUGGAGAGAGGCCAUACGAAUGCAGGCAUUGUCAAAAGAGCUUUAGUCGCUCAUCAAAUUGCAGAAGACAUGAGCAAACUCACACAGGAGUGAAGCCGUUUACGUGCAUACAUUGUGAUAAGGGCUUUAGCCGCUUAUCUGAUUGCAAGCGACAUGAACGAACUCACACAGGAGAGAAGCCGUAUGCAUGCAAACAUUGUAACAAGUGCUUUAGCCAGUUAGGAAGUUGCAAGGAACAUGAACGAACUCACACAGGAGAGAAGCCGUAUACAUGCAAACAUUGUAACAAGAGCUUUAGCUACUCAUCACAUUGUAAGGAACACGAACGAACUCACACAGGAGAGAAGCCGUAUACAUGCAAGCAUUGUGACAAAUGCUUUGGUCGGUCAUCAAGCUGGAAGAAACAUGAAGAAAGGCACGCAAGAGACGGUUUUUUAAAACGCAAGCAGCAUGAUCAGCACUUUCAACAAAAAACAGAGGUUCUGGAGCCAGUUACAACUCAUGGUGGCAUAGAGUCUGACAUUUUGUUGUCUGUAAGUGAAAAAUGUUUCAGCGAAGUUGAAACCCUGGCCUGCUGGAUUUAUCAGGAGGAAUUUAGUAAUGAGGCGUGUAGUGUCCAACAUUACGAGGAAACAAACUCGACACAAUAAUCUUUGAUGUAACGUUAGUUGUUUUGUCAUUAAGCAUUUGCCUAUAGGAAAGACUUGCCGAAUGCAACCAGUAGCUAUUGACAAGUCAUUUCACAUUGUGUUCACGUUGAAUUAUUGCAGUUUUUACGGGCCAGAAGGUCCGACGAAAACUUCGUGACCAAUGUUGUGUUAAAGUUUAGUUUGUGCUUAGCACGCAUGGUGACUUGAAGUGUUUUGUUGUUGUUGUUGUUUAUUCAUGUUAAUGAUGGCUUCGUUUAUUCUUGCUA